AGCCCCGGGAAGCCUUUUGCGUUGGGCGGCUGAGUAUCUUGAUCUGACGCUUUUGUUGUGUUGUGAUAGUAGGUUGGUGAGAGUUUCGCUUGCCGGCCGACCCGUCAGUGAUCCCCACCAUGUUGGAACUCAAAGACUUCGGCUCUACGUUCUCCCUUGAGGGAAAAACUGCCCUCGUCACUGGGGGGUCUCGUGGAUUAGGCCUGCACAUGGCCACGGCGUUCCUUCUCUCGGGUUGCUCUCACGUCAUUAUCACCGCCAGAAAGUUGGAGGGCGAGCAAGGCAUCAGCCAGGCCAUUGAGAAGCUUAACCGUCUCCCCAAUACUCGAGGAAAGGCAAUCGGAAUCGCUGCAAAUGUCGCCGACUCCAAAGAUAUCGUUCGCCUCGUCGGAGAAGUCAAGGACACCGUGGGCGAAAAGGGGCUGAACAUCUUGGUCUGCAAUGCUGGAGCAGCGUGGGGUUCCAAGUUUGAGGAUGCCCCGCCCAGCAGCUCAAUCAAGAUCUUGGAUCUCAACGUGAGGGGCGUGUUUGAGUCGGUGCAAAAAUUCCUACCUCUACUGGAAAAAGCAGCGUCAGAAGACGACCCAGCUCGGGUUCUCACGGUGAGUUCGACAGCGGGCAGCAAUGUACCGCACGUUGGAGAACACGGUACUAUCAUGUACGCGGCAUCCAAAGCAGCUGCCAAUCAUCUGGGACGUAACUUCGCGGUCGAACUGGGCUCGAAGAAUAUCACGUCCAACAUCAUCGCACCUGGCUUUUUCCCGUCGAAACUGGCACAGGGUCUCAUCGACAACCUUGGAGGUAUCGAGGAGCUGAGCAGAGGCAAUCCUCUGGGUCGGCUCGGAGAGCCUGAAGACAUCGCUGGAGUCGCCGUGUUCCUAUGUUCUCAAGCAGCGAAAUACGUGAAUGGCGUGGUCAUCGAGGUCGAUGGAGGGGCGCGCCUAGUUGCUGGAAGACAGUCCAAGAUCUGAGAUGAUGGGUUGUUAGAAUAUGGCUAGAUCAUAGGAUACCAUCACUCCUCAUGACGUGCGAGAGCUUUAGAGACGACCCGAUGAGACAUGAAGAUGGGAUAGGC